GGGUGGUGCCGCUGGCGCUUGCGGCGCUGGCGAAGCAUCAGCCCGCGGGCCUUGCAGCGGCGGGGGCGGCCGACGCGGAGCAGGCCCAAGACGCCGACGACGAGGCCACCGACGACGAGGCGCCUCGUGAGAGCGCAGCCAAACGGCCUCGUAAGGGCUCCAAGUUCGACCAGGAGCUGAACGCCAUGGCCGUCAAAGCUUCCGUGCCUGCUGCUCAGCACGCGCAGGCUGUGGUCGCUUGUGAAGUCAUGUUUCGGGUGCUCGCCAUUAGCAGUUUCGUUAUUCAGGCGCGGCGGAAAGUGGCGAGCCAUUUGUGCAAGGUCGACCUCGCCAGUCUCCUGAGCUACGAUCUCGUGGAAUACGGCAUAUGCGAACACCGUCGGCUGCUCACUAAGAGGCGCAAGCGCCGGGGAAAGAAGACCCUUCCAGACUCACACUUCUACCGCACCCACGUCGACGGAAUCCGCAAGGCGCGGGCCCAGAUGGUCAAGGCACUUAAGCAGAAAUACAAGUACAG